GGAAGCUAGUUGGCUCGCUGUUCAGUGUCUCGCGGAGGAAGGGGUCUGUCCACAAAUUUCACCGUUGGCUGGACUGUUUAUGUUUCGGGCUUACAUCACUGAGCUAGCUGAAGAGAUGCCUUUGUGAUUACUAGUCCCAUUCAUAUCAAGUACAAGGGAACCACAUAACUGGAGAAUCAGAUGAAUUGGCGCUGCAACUAAGGUGACAACUCUUCUUGUCUCCUUGGCCCCUGAGUGACAUGGUGGUGGAGGCGUAGGUGAUAAAUGUGUGAGGAGAAAGCCCCUGUGGUCCUCUUGCUGCAUCGCACACUUCCUCAUGGAUUCCAGCAAUGAUGAGGCACUCGAUAUCAUUAUCACCAAUGUGGUGGCCACAUUCAGGGUCAGGUGCCACCUCAACCUGCGCACCAUCGCCUUAGAGGGGAACAAUGUCAUCUAUAAGCCGGAUUGUGGGAAAGUCCUGAUGAAGCUUCGUAAACCCAAAAUAACAGCUUCAAUCUGGUCCUCAGGGAAAAUCAUCUGCACAGGAGCCACAAGUGAGGAUGACGCAAAGCUGGGCGCUCGCAGGUUAGCCCGUGUUCUGCAGAAACUGGGCUUCAGGGUGAGGUUUUCAGCCUUCAAAGUGGUGAAUGUUCUGGCAGUGUGCUCCAUGCCCUUUUCGAUCGCUCUUAUAGACUUUACAAUGAACAACCGACCCAUUGCCAGUUAUGAACCGGAGCUCCAUCCUGCUGCCACCUACAGGAUCAAACAUAUUAAAGCUACCGUCCAGGUGUUCUCGACUGGCAGCAUCACAGUUACAGGACCAAAUGUGCAGACUGUGGCCACAGCUGUUGAGCAGGUGUACCCACUACUGUUCGAGUGUAGGAAACCCCUCCGCAAAUAGAAGAAAUGUGUCAAAGACAGAGGGAAUGAAGGAAAGAGAAGACACGUCUGAUUUGUCAGUGAGGAAGCACCUUAUCCUUGGGUUUUAUUUGCUUGGAUUUACCGCUACGUGUCCACAAACUUCUAACACAACAGACUGGAUGUCACCUGGAUUUGAACUUUUAACAACUUCCCUCUCACAAGUGUCUCUGUUGUUGUGGAUUCUGUGGGUAUUGUGAUUUUAACCGCCUAGACUUACAAGUUUGUCUUUCAAACGUCACCUUCUUCAGUGGAAACUGCUCUUCCAGACCUGCCCGACAUUGAAGUUAUUCACUCAUGUUCCUCAUUUGCUCUGGGUGGACACAGAAAUACCCGUUUUUAACAGUCUAACCAUUUUAACGCUGAACUGUUGUGACCAUUGCAUCGGGUCAGUAGGUCUACACUGAGAAGCCUCACUUUUAACUCUACAUACAAGAUGUCGUUUUUCUAAAAUAAUCUCCGUCCAUGGCGUGUUAACACAAACACAAGGCAUCCUCUGUAUUACCCAUAUUUCUGCCCACUAAGAAAAACAUGGAGUCUGGACUGAGGCUGCAGUUCUUUAUGCAGAUGCACAUAUCUGCUCACAGAAAGCAUUAAUCUCUCAAUUAACUUGUUGCUUUUAAUUUGUUUAUUACUUGGUUUGGUUCUCGGUUUACUAUAAAUCUGUUCUUCAUUCUUAACUGGUACUGGAUCAGAAUUCACAGAAGUUGUGAUUUCAUUUCUUAAUAAUAGAAGGCAAAUAUACAAAACAACACCUUUGAAACGGUAUGUUAAUUCUUAAUGUGUCCGUCACCAUAGACCCCCAACUCAUUUUUACUAAACAGAACUUCUGGUUAGUCCCAGGUCAUUGUUGCUGACACAAUGGAAGGAAUAGUUAUGAAACACCGUCCAUAGUUAGUCUUUGAAAUUGCUUGAGAGGCAACUAGAGUAACAGAAACUCUUUAAAAAAAAAAUGAGUGUCAUUUUUAAGUAAAGAACUCAUAAUCUCAACAGCAGCGGUUCCAUUUCACAGUGUUCAAAGAGGCAAUGACAACGAUGUUAGCCAGUCCCAGAAAAAUCAAAUCCUACACAUUAUCAUGCUCCUGAACAACAGAAAGUGUUUUUAAUUGGGACAACCUAAUGUCAGGCAACAGAUGUAUGUAUAUAAUAGAGGCAUCUGAUGAAAACAUGUUGAUAUAGCCGUUGACAUGUCGUCUUAAGUAUGUGCGAUGGACUUUUUGAACUAGUGUCGACUGAAUGUUUGUGACACUUGUUCAGAAUUUUGUAUUUUGUAUAAAAAUAAAGGAUCAACAAUUAAAACUA